UGAUAUAACGUCAGCAAACAAGAUGGCGGCGCUCUCAGAUGGCAAAGAAGAAGCACGUUAUUUUGUUAGAGUUAUAGAAAAAAAUGAUGGUUCGUGUUUACAUAUGAAGCAGUGCAGUGAAGGGGAUGUAGGCUGUGUGGUGUGGGAUGCUGCCAUUGUUCUCGCGAAAUAUUUAGAAACGAAAGCUUUCUGGGAUCCCGAUGCCGGAACAAACCUAUGGUCCGGCAAAACUGUCUUAGAGCUUGGAGCCGGGACUGGAGUGGUUGGCCUCAUGGCAGCAACAUUGGGGGCGAACGUCACUGUGACAGACCUGGAAGAAUUACAACAUCUGCUCCACGUAAACAUCCGGGACAACCAAUGUUUGGUCAGGCAUGGCUCGAUUGUACCCAAGGUACUAAAAUGGGGAGAAGAUGUAACUGAGUUUUUACCACACCCUGACUUCAUUCUGAUGGCAGAUUGCAUUUAUUACGAACAGUCUGUGGAGCCUCUGGUUAAGACUCUGAGGGAUUUGGCUGGACCCGAUACUAGUGUCAUUUGUUCCUAUGAGCAACGUACCACGGGGCACAAUGCAGAGGUUGAGAAGAAAUUCUUCCAGCUGCUUCUGCAAGACUUCCAGUCCAAGGAGAUUCCACUGGAGCAGCAGGACCCAGAGUUCAGCAGCCCCGAUAUUCACAUCCUCCACAUCCGUCUGAGGGCCUGAAGGUUUAGCCAGCAGCUGUGGUGCUGCAUCUGAGCCAGGCAAACUGUAAACCGAAAUGUUACACAAAAUGUUAUUUUGUGUGAGAUGUGAAUCAUUUUGAACUUUUUAGUCUUCAACAUUUUUUGAAUGAUACACAUUUUUAUAACUUUAUGAAUACCAUCCAAUAUUAAUCUAAGACUACUACUGGUGGCAUAACCGGGCCGUGGUAUGAGUUCUUUGGGUAUGAAAUUGAGUGUGAUUUUCAUACAAACUUUUGUAAAGCGAUGAAAUUGCAGCACUUUUUACAUUAAAGGUGAAUUGUCAAAA